CAGUGAGAGUAAAGUUACGUUAUUAGCCACAUAACUAUCUCCAUACAACGAAUAAUUUCUUUCUUUUAUCUCAUAGUUUACUGUACUACUAAGCUAUUCGUACUAUUUAAUUUGGGUCCAAACGGCACACUUCCCCAAAAAAACAACGCAAUGGCUUCUUUUUCUUCUUCCCCUUUUGCCUUGUUUCUUUCUUUGCUUUCUCUCCUCUUUCCCUUCAUUUCUUCUUCAACAUCCACCACAACAAUUCCACUUACACUUUUUAACACAAAAAACCCAUCUCAAGAUUUGUAUGGAAAGCUCACACAUUUAGCUUCCAUUUCCUUAGCAAGAGCAAAUUACAUCAAGAAGUCUCAAGAUUCUUCUGUUUCCACUACCCCUUUGUACCCUCAUAGCUAUGGAGGCUACUCCAUUACUCUUCUCUUUGGUACACCUCCUCAGAAGAUCGAUUUCAUUAUGGAUACUGGCAGUAACUUUGUUUGGUUCCCUUGUACGACAAAGUACUUGUGUUCCAACUGUUCUGUGUCUUCCUCUAGUUCACAUACCAUUCCUACAUUUAUUCCUAAAUCAUCGUCUUCUUCACGAGUUCUUGGUUGUUUGAAUCCCAAAUGUGGAUGGUUACAUAGUAGAACUAAUCCGAAAUCGCGUUGUCAGGACUGUGAGUCCCGCACUAACUGUAAACAGGUUUGUCCACCUUAUAUUAUUCUUUAUGGUUCAGGCUCUACAGGUGGUCUUGCUCUCGUUGAAACACUUGACUUGUCUAACAAGAAAGUACCAAAUUUUCUUGUUGGUUGUUCGAUAUUUUCGUCCCAACAACCUGCGGGAAUUGCUGGUUUAGGUCGUGGACUUGCUUCAUUGCCAAGUCAGUUAGGUGUCGAGAAGUUUUCAUAUUGUCUUGUGUCACAUAGAUUUGAUGACACUGGUAAAAGUAGCAAUCUUGUUUUGGAUUUCAGUGAUAGUAAAAAGUCUGCUGGCUUCAGCUAUACUUCACUGCUGAAAAAUCCAGUUGUGCCUGGAAAGAAUGGAUUGUCAGUGUACUACUAUGUUGGCUUAAGAAAGAUUACAGUUGGAGGGGAAAAAGUGAAGAUCCCAUACAAGUAUUUGACACCCGAUUCCAAUGGAAAUGGUGGAAGUAUUGUCGAUUCAGGGACAACUUUUACUUACAUGAAUCGUGGUAUUUUUGACCCAGUGCUUAAUGCAUUUGUGAAACAAGUAAAGGGUAUUCCAAGAACUGAAAGUAUUGAAACAUCAACAGGUUUAGGUCCAUGUUUCAAUUUUUCGGGGCACAAAACAUUGUCAUUGCCAGAACUCAAGUUUCACUACAAGGGUGGUGCAGAAAUGUCAUUGCCAUUGGCAAAUUACUUCUCAAUUGCAGGUGAAACUGAUGUGAUAUGUCUAACUAUGAUCACAGAUAGUGCUUUUGGCCCUGAAUUGUCUACCGGUCCAUCGAUAAUUCUGGGGAAUUUUCAGAUGCAGAACUACCUUGUUGAGUUUGAUCUCAAAAAUGAAAAGUUUGGGUUCAAGCAGCAAGUGUGCAAAUGAAGGAAAAAAAAAAAAGGCAAUAGUGAAAGUGCACUAUUAACUUUUUAGCCCCUUUUCUGUAGUUUUUGUACUACAUAAUUGAGGUUAAUCACUCAAAGAUUUGCCUUUUUGAGGGCUAUGAUCUAGUGGUCAGUGGGGAUAAAGAUGAUGGUAGAUGAUAACAUUCACAUGAAUGGUAAAGUGAGGUAUUUAAUUUUAGUUGUCCAAUGAAUUAGACCUUGUUAAUUAGUGGUUAUUGCUUUAAGAUUAAAAGCAAGUGAUGAAAAUAAAUGUACUUUACUUUUUCCUUCUUCUA